ACACUUAAAACCAUUUUCUUUCUUUCUUUCCACCGAAACUGAAGAGUGAGACUUCUAAUAAUUUCUCUCACACACAAAAAUUUGAAGAAAAAAAAAGGGAGAAGUUAAAGUUAUUUCUUUUUAGUCUGUUUCAAAAAAACAAGUGAGGAAAAAGAUAAAUGGGUAGAGCACCUUGUUGUGAGAAAACGAGCUUGAAGAAAGGGCCGUGGGAUCACGAAGAAGACCAAAUUCUCAUCUCUUACAUUAACAAAAAUGGCCAUGGCAAUUGACGUGCGCUCCCUAAACAAGCUGGAUUAUUGAGAUGUGGAAAAAGUUGCAGAUUGAGGUGGAUGAAUUAUUUGAGUCCAGAUAUAAAGAGGGGAAAUUUCACCAAAGAAGAAGAAGAUAAUAUCAUCAAUUUACAUGAAAUUCUUGGCAAUAGAUGGUCAGCAAUAGCAGCAAGAUUACCGGGAAGAACAGAUAAUGAAAUAAAAAAUAUUUGGCACACCCACUUGAAGAAAAGGCUAAAAGAUUAUCAGUCUCCUCAAAGCUUCAAAAGACGCUCCAAAAAAAUUAAUCAAAUAAAUAAUUGCAUACAUGCUCCUAACUCACUAGAAAUAUCAUCUAGCGAGACGUCAGUCAUGACAACCGAUUCAUCACCAAUUGCCACUUUUGAUACAACGAUCGACGAUCAAGUAGUGAUUAACCAGGAAGAAAUGGACUCAUCAGAGUAUUUUGCUAAGAUCGAUGAGAGUUUUUGGACAGAUGAAUUAGCGACAGAGAACAACUUCGAUUUUGUUACUACUAUGGAUGGUGAAGAAUUUCAAAGCUUAGACAUAUUUAAUAGUACAGCAAUUAUGGAGGAUGACAUUGACAUGGACUUUUUGUUCAACUUUUCCAUAAAGACUGAGGAAUUUUCAGAAUUACCAGAACUUUGAGGGGUCAAUUUUGGGUUUCAUCAUAAAUUGGGAGUAUGACAAGUCUGAAAAUUUUAAUGUGUUUUUUCUUGACCAUUAAAUAUGGGGAGGACCACCAAAUUCUUUUAUUAUUUUAUUUAUUUUGAGAUUUGAA